AUCCACUUGAUUAGCCGGGACAUGCCGUCGCACUAAUGAUCAUUUGACCUUACACCGCCAAAGUAAUAAGAAAUUUUUCAGCACCAUGAACCAUAAUUCAGUCCCAAAAAGAGCUAAAAUGGACGAUCUGGGAGAAUUUGACAAACUUUUUCCUGAGUUGCUGGAAUGUCUGAAUGAAGGAUGUACAAAAGAAAAACAGUUAGACAAAGUAUUUGCAUGGUUCAGAGAGGUAUCGGAGUAUAAUGUUCCACAUGGCAAGAGGAACAGAGGUCUGUCUGUCAUUGCUUCAUUAAGAUGCUUGAAAGAAAUAGUUUCAGAGGAGGAAGAAAAAUUAGCCAGAGUGUUAGGAUGGUGUGUGGAGUGGCUUCAGGCCUUUUUCCUUGUCGCAGAUGACAUAAUGGAUAACUCUACAACAAGGAGAGGAAAACCAUGUUGGUACAAAAAGGAUGGAGUGGGGAUAGUAGCAGUGAAUGAUGCUUUCUAUUUAGAAUCCUGUGUUUACCACAUCAUGCGUAAAUAUUGCAGAGACAAACCAUAUUACAUCAACAUUGUAGACUUAUUUCACGAGACAACCAUGCAGACGGUGAGGGGUCAGUGCCUGGAUAUGAUCACAGCUCCCUCUGGUGGCAGAGUAGAUUUCACAGACUUCACGGAAGACCGAUACAAUGCUAUUGUCAAGUGGAAAACUGGCUAUUACUCCUUCUAUCUACCUGUGGCACUGGCGAUGUACAUGAGUGGGAUAACUGAUGAAGAUUCACAUCAGAGAGCACAACACAUUUUACUGCAUAUGGGCAGAUAUUUCCAAGUACAGGAUGAUUACUUGGAUUGUUAUGGCAAUCCGGAGGUUAUAGGAAAAAUAGGAACUGAUAUUCAGGAAAAUAAAUGUAGCUGGUUAGUGAUACAGGCUCUGAGAAAGGCAACUCCUUUACAGAGGAAGAUUUUAGAGGAAAAUUAUGCAGAUACUGAUCCAAAUAAAGUACAGAGAGUGAAAGAUUUAUAUAAAGAUUUAAAACUGAAGGAACUCUAUCAUGAAUUCGAAGAAGAGAGCUACAAAGAACUUAUAACUUUGAUUGAAAACCAAAGAGGGAGUUUGCCGGAAUCUGUGUUUUUAACAUUUGCAAGGAAGAUAUAUAAGCGAGAAAGAUAACAGAACAUUACAUUAAGACUUUAUCAUUUAAAAUAUUUCGACACAAGUUUUUAUGUAAAUACAAACAUGAACAAGUAAUACAGAACAAGAAUCAUACUUAUUUAUCAAAAGUAAGUUCCUUAUCAAAGUUUGUCAUCCAUCUGUCAGUGUGCAUGUCUCCAACCUUUUGUAUGUGGUCUGUGAACAAGAAA